UGGCUUCUUGGGUGGCCAGGGCGGUGUUGGCUCCGCGCGUGACCACCCACAGCCAUGGCCCGGGUAGGGGCUGCUUUCCGCCGCCUGGGUGCCUUGUCCGGAGCUGGGGCCUUGGGUUUGGCCUCCUACGGGGCACACGGCGCCCAGUUUCCGGAUGCUUACGGGAAGGAGCUCUUUGACAAGGCCAACAAACACCACUUUUUGCACAGCCUGGCCCUGUUAGGGGUACCCCAUUGCAGAAAGCCCCUCUGGGCGGGGUUACUGCUAGCCUCUGGAACUACCUUAUUCUGCACGAGCUUUUACUACCAGGCUCUGAGUGGAGACACUAGCAUCCAGAAUGCGGGUCCUGUUGGAGGCAGCUUGCUAAUCUUGGGCUGGCUUGCCUUGGCUUUUUGAGGUCUUUUGUUUAACUGCCCAGUCCUGGCCUUUCUGGUAAUCGGGCGCAGAGGAUAUGGGGCGAGGGGGUGUUGAAGCAGAAAAGAAAUAAAAGAAAAAGGCACAUAAAUAA